AUGUCGUUGUCGAAUAAAUUGUCUGUUAAGGAUUUAAGUAUCACUGGAAAGAGAGUUUUCAUCAGAGUUGAUUUCAACGUUCCUUUGGAUGGUAAGACUAUCACAAAUAACCAACGUAUUGUCGCUGCAUUACCAACCAUCAAGUAUGUUCUUGAACACAAGCCAAAGGCUGUUAUCUUGGCUUCUCACUUGGGAAGGCCGAACGGUGAAAGAAACGAGAAGUUCUCAUUAGCUCCAGUCGCUACCGAGUUGGAAAAGUUAUUGGGCAAAAAAGUCAACUUUUUGGAUGACUGUGUUGGUGAAAAAGUUGAGAAGGCUGUCAAUUCCGGUGAGGAUGGUUCCAUUUUCUUAUUAGAAAACUUAAGAUUCCACCCUGAGGAAGAAGGUUCAACUAAAAAGGAUGGAAAAAAGAUAAAGGCUCCCGCAGAAGACGUGAAGAAGUUUAGAGAGCAAUUGACUGCCUUAGCUGACUUGUAUGUGAAUGAUGCAUUCGGUACUGCCCAUAGGGCUCACUCUUCGAUGGUCGGUCUUGAUUUGCCUCAGCGUGCCGCAGGUUUCUUAAUGGCAAAGGAAUUAGAGUACUUCGCAAAGGCUUUGGAAAAUCCUGUACGUCCUUUCUUGGCUAUCUUGGGUGGUGCAAAGAUCUCAGAUAAGAUUCAAUUGAUUGACAAUUUGUUAGACAAAGUCGAUUUAUUGAUUAUUGGUGGAGGAAUGGCUUUCACUUUUAAGAAGGUUUUGGAUAACAUGAAAAUUGGUAACUCAUUGUUCGAUGAAGAAGGUUCUAAGAAUGUGGAGAAUUUAAUUGCCAAAGCUAAAAAGAAUAAUGUUAAGGUUGUCUUGCCUGUUGAUUUCGUCGUAGGAGACAAGUUUGAUAAAGAUGCAAAGGUUUCAACUGCCACUGAGAAGGAGGGGAUUCCAGAUGGUUGGAUGGGAUUGGAUAUUGGUCCAAAGUCUCAGAAAUUGUUUGCUGAAACCGUUGCUCAGGCUAAAACAAUUGUUUGGAAUGGACCACCUGGUGUUUUCGAAUUCCAAAACUUUGCUGCUGGUACCAAGUCCUUAUUAGAUGCCGCGGUUAAAUCUGCUGAAAAUGGUAACACCGUUAUCAUUGGUGGCGGUGACACUGCUACAGUCGCCAAGAAGUACGGUGUUGUAGAUAAAUUGUCCCAUGUCUCCACUGGUGGAGGAGCUUCUCUUGAAUUAUUGGAAGGUAAGGAAUUGCCAGGUGUUGCCGCAAUAUCUGACAAAUGA